AUGUUGCCUGUUAAUCUGUCAGUGAACAGUGAACCUAUUAAUAAAAGAGGAAGGCCAAAAAAAGUAAUUAGACCUGGCCGUCCACGAAAGAAUUUCAACCCUGUUCCACAGGCAGCUUUUGAUUAUGAAAUAAAUGCCCAACAAGAAUUAAAUCGUGAAAUUAAUGUUGAAGAAGAUUUUUCUGAAUCAAUUGUUUCACAUACUUCAACAAUAACUUUGAGAAGAUCUUCUCGCAUUUCACAAUGCAGUUCGCGAUUAAAUGAAGUUAUGGAUUCGUGGCCAGAUGAUGUUCGAUGCAAAUAUUGCAAGGCAAAUUUAUUACCAUCAGAAGCAGUUGGAAACACUGCCUUCUCUAAAUGUUGUGCAAAAGGCCGUGUGAGUAUGCCUGAAAAGUAUGCCUCUUUGCAAGACAUACCUCUCGAAUUGUUUGUUGUUUUCAACGAUCCGUUAAAACUUGAACAGCGUGAUAAAAUUUUAAAACAUUCAAUGCUCUAUAAUGAUCAUUUGGCAUUUGGUCACAUACAAAUUCAACGACAACGAGAUUUUUCUGAGUCACAUAAAAUUGUUAAAUGCAAUAAUAUGAUCAACUAUUUCUUAUGGGAUUUUAACCCACCUGGAGGUGGCGAGCAGCCUUUGUUGCGUGGUCAACUAUUUACACUUCCUGCUAUUGAAGCUGCAAAUAGAUUGAAUGAAAUUGCACUCGAUGUUGAAUUAGACGACGAUGAAAUUAACCCAAUUGAUGUUGAGCCGCAAGAUGUUGAGGCAUUACGGCGAAUUCAUCCUGGUAGACUUGAAGUGCAAACAGCUGCUGGCAGUCGCCUAGUAGCACAGAUUUAUUUGGAUACUGGGGCUAAUGUGCCUGACUCGUUACACUAUGAUGUUAUUUUGAAAGGUCGCCAAGGAACCGGACAAGUUAAAAUGUCUUGGUGGGACAGGAAUAUAGAUCCAACUCUUUUUCCUUUAUUAUUUUCGAAAGGGCAAUGUGGUUUCGGUAUGAGAUUCAUUUGA